ACCGCCGCGUUCCCGGGGCCGUGUCCCUCCCUUCCUCCCUCGGCGGAAGGCGGGAAGCGGCGCCGGCGAUGGGCGACAUCCACGAGGUGCCGCGGCCGCGCAUCGCCACGGGGCAGCUGGCGCAGCACAUCGGGCAGCCCGUCUGCUUCGUGGGGCGCGUCGAGAAGAUUCAUUCUAGCGGGAAGCUCGUCGUGCUUACGGAUGGACUCGGAAAGAAUACGACUGUGGAACUGAGGGAGCCUCUGGAUGAGGAGAUUUCAGGAGUUAUUGAAGUGGUGGGAAGAGUAACAAAUCAGGCAACCAUCAUGUGUGCAUCAUAUGUCCAGUUCAGAGAAGAUAAAAGUUCAUUUGACCUGGAACUCUACAAUGAAGCACUAAAAAUUAUUCAUGAAUUCCCUGAAUACUACCCAUUUGGUACUGGGAGGAACACUUGAUUUUUUAUUAGCAUAUAUUUAGAGCUUCAGAGGGGACAACAGUACUGUGGUUUCUUGCCUGACAGCAUGGUAACAGUUGCAUUUAUUUUCAACAAAUAUACUGAAAAGACACUGUUACACGUGCUAAGUAUUGCCUAUGAAGAGUAUUUUCUUUGAAAAUGUAUUUAUUCAGCAAGGAGAACAAAUGUGAAUGUCUCACUCAGUGUAUAUAUUUAACCCUUUUGCAUCUAAGAGGCGUGUUCUCUUGCAAGAUCAGACUUGUCAGAAACUGAAGUUUUGUAAGCAUCCUUUUCUAGUUGGUAGAGGUUCUACGAUACGUUACUGGAAACUUGUAUGAGAAAAUUUGGUGGGGUUUCAAUAUAAAGAUUCUUGAUUUAAUUUGCUUUGAUAUAAAUUUAUUGUAUGGAAGGGGUAUUUUGCAUCUUGGAAAUGGAAUCUUCACCAAUAAAAAGAUUCACUGCAUUUAGCCAUUUGUUUCAGCAUUAAAUGUUAGAGUGAAAUUUUCA